CCUGUUUAUGUAUUUCGAACUCCUAAUAAAACAGUAAAAUAAAGAAUCCAUUGGCCUUUUUGUUAAAAAUCAAUCAAAAAACGUGUGUUUCUGUCUGUGUGUGUGUGUUGUAUGAAACGAAAUGAGCACUGAAUCGACAACAAUAACAUCAGCAAUAAAAUCAAAAAAUAUGAUCAUUGAGAAUCACACAAAUGUAGAAAAUAUGACCAAUGGUGAAUUAGAAUUGAAAUAUGUCUAUGAUUCAAUUGCUACGAUGAAUGGCGAUUCAACGGCAAAUGUUGAUCAUGCAUCAGAUCAUACGCAAAUUGUGAUCGAAACAUCAGACAAUAACAACGGCCUCGAUUUAAUGAAUGGAGAAAUAAUCAAUAGUAAUAAUUUAAAUAAUAAUUCUACAUUUAAAUUCAAGAAUCGUAUUAUGAAAGAUUAUGCUAAUGAUAAUAGCCAAGAAUCCUCGUCAUCCGAACCGAAUACCACAACUAUGGUGAUGAUGAAUGGAUCGAAAACCACGGAGAAUCAUCACGAUGAAUCAUAUGAUAUCAAUUUUGUAAGCAGUGAAGUGGAUGUUUGUUCAAGUAAUCUGGAAAUUUCCUCGCAAAAUGAAGAAAAUAAAGGUAAAAAAUCAUCAUCAUCUACUCCAAACCGUCGAGGGCGAAAACCUAAAAAUCAAAAAAAUGAUACCAUUAGUAAAGCUACGAAAAAUAAUAAGACGAAAAAGAAAGACAAAAAGAAUGAUUCAGUUGUAACAAAAUCGACUAGAAGACGAAGUACGAGGAUAAAAAAUCUCGGCAAAGGCAGUUCACCGGAGAUAGAUGAACAACAAACUCAACAAACAAAUGGCCACGAUCCUAAUUCACAACUCAACAAUAAUAGUGACCACACCUAUACACCACCUAUAUCUGGGGAUACAGAAUCGAAAAAUAAGUCAACGAAAAAUCAAGACCAUCAUGAGACGAAAUCAUCAUCGUCGAAUAAGAAAUCAAAACAUAAAUCGAAAAGUAGUAAGAAAGAUGAAAAAUCAAAAAAACAUCGUAAAGUCAAAUCGAAACAUAAAUCGUCCAAUGAUUUGGAAAAUCACCAUCUUCAUCAUGUAAAUAGCCAUCAUGAAUCAAAAUCAUUAUCUAGCCAUCAACAAGCACCAUUAUCGACUUCAAAGGAAAAUUUCACCACAUCACUGCCAUCAAAAGAACCAAAUGAUAAUGCUCAGACCAAAGAUUCAUCACCAUCAUCAUCCACCGUUUCGGAUUGUAUUAAUGAUAGUAAUAAACAGGCACCAGAAAAAGUCAAAUCAAGAUGGCGUCGAAAUUCAGAAUUAGAAAUAACUAGUACGGUAUUAUCACCAACAGAUUCAACACCUUCAUCGCCUAAUGCUCAACAACAAUCUAACAUGAAUUCGUCACAAGAAUCAUUUAAUCCAGAAUCAAUUGCGAUACCCGAUUCACCUAUGCCUUCCUAUCAAAAGAUUGAUGAGAAUAUUUUUCUUUUCGAAAAGAAAAAAUGUAAAACAAAAAAAGAAACAAAAAAAAUGGUUUGCGAUUGUUUACUGUUGAAAGAAGAACGUGCUCGUGGUUUAAUGGGUUGUGGUGAAGAUUGUCUUAAUCGUAUGUUGAUGAUUGAAUGUGGUUCUCGUUGUCCGUUGGGUGAACAUUGUUCCAAUAAACGUUUUCAGAAGCAACAAUAUAUGAAAUUGACUCCGUUCAAAACCGAAAAGAAAGGUUGGGGUCUGAUGGCACUUGAAUCGAUACCUGCCAAUUCUUUUCUAAUGGAAUAUGUUGGUGAAGUUAUUGAUCCAUUCAUGUUUCAUAAACGUACUGAUAAAUAUUCCAAACUAAAAAUGGAACAUUAUUAUUUUAUGGCCUUGAAAAGUGAUGAAAUUAUCGAUGCUACCUUUAAGGGUAAUAUGACCCGUUUUAUUAAUCAUAGUUGUGAACCAAACUCAAUCACACAAAAGUGGACUGUAAAUGGUGAACUUAGAAUCGGUUUUUUCACAAUCAAACCGGUUGCCGCUGGUGAAGAGAUUACUUUUGAUUAUCAAUUUCAGCGAUAUGGUAAAAAAGCACAAAAAUGCUAUUGUGAAUCGAUAUCUUGUCGAGGUUAUAUUGGAUCAUCGGAAAGUGGUCGAGAAAUUCUGACUGAUGGAUCUAAAAUACCUAAAAGUAAGAAAGCGACCAAGAAAAAGAUUACUGAAGAUGAAGAAAUUGUUGCUACUGAUGAAGAAGAAGAGGUGGAUGAAGAAAAUGUGGAUAAAUCUGAUGAAGAGGAUGACGACAAAGAAGAAUUUCUCGAAGAUAUUGCGCUUGAAAUCGACAUGUUGGCUGAAAACGGUCUCCGCAAUCGUCAACAAAUUCUUGAAGUUUCACGUCUCAUGUUACGAGCUGAUAAAUUUUCGCUGCGAAUUCAAUUGAUUGAUAUUAUAAUGUCAACACUUGAGUUAGCAUAUCUUCGACUUUUCAUUGAUUAUCAUGGUCUUCGUAUUAUCUGGGGCUGGAUGAUUGAAGCGGAAAAUGUUGAUCUCAAAGCACGUCUAUUAGGAUUACUGGAAGUAUUGCCGAUACCACAUCGAACAAUGUUGACAGAUUGUAAAGUAUUAGAGGUAGUUGAACGAUGGGCCGCUAUUGAUAGCCCUGAAUGGCAACAAUAUCUCAACAUUGAUGAACAAGAAAAAAAAUCAGACACAACUAAAGCCAAUGAAGAUAAUUCUUGCCAAACAGCUGCAGAAGAGAUAAAAGAAACUACUGCAGUCGAAUCAAUCAAAGAAGAAACUGAUAGCCAAUCCUCAAGUACCAAUAAAGAAACGAUAACUGAUAGUCAAAAACUUAAAUCAAUAACCGAUUUAUCGAAAUUGUCAGGAAAAAUUGUGAUAAAAAGUAAAACGAAAUCCUCGGAUACAACGAAUUCUGCUGCCAAUCCGGCAAAAUUAAAAUCCGAUGUAACUAUCGGAUUUCUUGCGCAAAAACUGCUAAAUCAUUGGAAAGAUUUAAAAGAAGGCUUUCGGAUACCUCGUCUUGAUCGACAAAAACGACAUGAUGAUGAAGCCGAAGCAGAUCGUCGCUCCAAAGAGGAGGAAGAACGUCGUUCACAAGGUUUACCAUUUAUUACGCAUGAUAAACGAUCGUUUGAUAUUGAUAAUACGGAUGGCGAUGGCUAUAAUACAAUUGCCGGUAUAUUGGGUAAUAAACGUCGGUGUUUGAAAAACCUUACCAAUCGUCGAUCAUCAAUACGACCGCAACAACAUCGAUCUUUAUAUGGUCAGAAUAAUAAUUCAUCCACCGCAUCUUCAUUCCACCAGACUCCAAAUCAAGGUUCAACAUCACCAAAAUUGACAAAAGAAGAGCAUCGAAAACGAUUCGAAUAUACAAUGGUGCAAAAUGAUUAUACGGAUGCAUUGAACAAAUAUCAUGAACAUUUGAGACUGUAUAAAGAAGCCUUGCAAAAUUCUGUUUCCGGUACUGCUAACACUGCUGCUACUAAUGAUUUAGUAUCGGUUGCUGCUCCUAAUCCAAUGAUCGGAUUCAAUGAAUUCUACCAACAGUAUUUAACGACAUUUGCUGCUAACAAUCCGAUGUUAAUGGCCACCAAUCUUUCUUUUUCGAAUAAUAAUGCUGGCGCUGAAGUUGGCUCUAAUGUACAUAAUUUACUACAAUUUGGUGGUACAUUUGAUCAUGUACAACAACAAUUCCAACAGCAACCGGUCACUUAUAUUACCGAUGCCAGCCAGCAACAACAGCCAGUUCACGAAUGGCUUGAUGGUCCAUCGAUGGCCUCAAACUAUGAACAAUCGAUUGAUUCUUAUAAUUAUGAUGAGAUUGUCGAUUUGCAGGAUUUAAUACCCAAAUAUGAUAGUCCAUUAAUCCAAUUAGUCGGAUCAAAUGAAAAUGAUGAGGAAAAUUCGUCAUAUCAAUCCAUAUUUAAUAUUGGCUAUAAGCAACAAGACAUUCCACCUGAAGCAAUCGAUAAUGUGGAUUUUAGUCAGAUAAAAUUUGAAAAUGAUGAUUGUCUUGAAAGUAUGGAAAAACGAAUGUUUGAUGAAAUAUAUCCUCCAGCUGGUAUAUUUUUCAUUACGAAUGAUUCAAAAACAUAUUAUUUUCCUAUUCCGGAUGAAUUAACACAAGAAAUCAAUGUAAAGGAAAAUAUUACCGAACCGUUACCCAUUUCAUUCACAACUUGUGCUCCUGACCAAAAAAGUCUUUCGUAUGAUUGGAAAUCGGCUUCAAUUAAUGAUCAUUUUUAUUAUUAUAAUCGACGUAAACAAAUUAAACAAUGGCAUCCACCACAAGAUAAUCAAAUUGACAAUUACUAUGGUGAUAUUAUUAGUGGUGAUUUACCAUCGUGUGAUAUAAGUCAUCCAUCGACAUCAUCUUCUCCGAAUUCGUUGAUAAACACUAGAACGAAAAAAGAUCUACCCAUUGGUGGUACAACUGAAAUGCCGGCCGAUGAAUUAAAACGUAAGGAAUCUCGCCGUUCUCGUGAACAUUUUCGUUAUAAAGUAUCGCAAUUCAUGGUUAAAUGUUUGAAUCCAUAUAUGAGAAGUUCAUGUACCAAAGGUCGGAUUACUAAUAGUAGUCAUUUUAAAUCAUUAGCUCGAAAGCUAACGCAUGCUAUUGUGGAGAAAGAAUUGAAACAAGUAAAAAGUAGUAAAGAUCUCGCCUUUACCGAUUCGGUCAAGCAUAAAACGAAAGAUUUUAUAAAACGAUACAUGUCACAAUUAGGUCCGGUUUAUAAGCCCGAGCAAUCCUCACGUUCUGCUGUAAUGGAUUUACAAGAUUCAUCAUCACCAAUACCUCCACAGCAAAGUCCGAUUGCAUGAAUUUAAAUUAUUAAGUUGUAUAUUUUGUCAAUGUUUGAAAUGAUUACAAAAAUUUUACUAGUAAUUCAAAAAUCUCAACCAGGUUGACUUUAUCAAGAAUUAUU